CCCGCUCCUCCCGCGCGCGGCCCCCGGAGUCCCCAGGCGCGCGGCCAGCCCAUCUCGGGCCGCCGCUCUCGGAGCAGCCGGGCUGCUGGGCGAGCGCGAGCCGGGGCCGGGCCGGGGGCCGCGGCGGGGGCGCCGCCCCCAGCGUCCUUCUGCAGCCCCCGGAGCGAGGCACGACCGUGGAGACGGGGCUGAGCGGGGCCGGAACCAUGAACCGGAGUUUCCACAAGUCUCAGACCCUGCGCUUCUACGACUGCAGCGCGGUGGAAGUCAAGAGCAAGUUUGGGGCCGAAUUCCGAAGGUUCUCCUUGGACCGCCAUAAGCCUGGGAAGUUUGAAGACUUCUACAAGCUGGUUGUGCACACUCACCACAUCUCCAGCACUGACGUAACCAUUGGCUAUGCAGAUGUGCACGGCGACCUGCUACCCAUCAACAACGACGACAACUUCUGCAAGGCUGUCUCGAGUGCAAACCCACUGCUCAGGGUCUUCAUCCAGAAACGAGAGGAGGCCGAGAGCGGCGGCUUCGCACCCGGCUCGCUGUCGCGGCGGCGGCGCGCGCUGGCCCUGCGGGAGGACGCACCGCGCCGGCACCUGCACAUCGGACUGCCGCGCGACUUCCGGCCCGUGUCGUCCAUCAUCGACGUGGACAUCGUGCCCGAGACGCACCGGCGCGUGCGGCUGUACCGGCACGGCUGCCAGCGGCCGCUGGGCUUCUACAUCCGCGACGGCACGAGUGUGCGCGUGGCGCCGCAGGGGCUGGAGAAGGUGCCGGGCAUCUUCAUCUCGCGCAUGGUGCCCGGCGGGCUGGCCGAGAGCACCGGGCUGCUGGCCGUGGACGACGAGGUGCUGGAGGUGAACGGCAUCGAGGUGGCCGGGAAGACGCUGGACCAGGUCACGGACAUGAUGAUCGCCAACAGCCACAACCUCAUCGUCACCGUCAAGCCGGCCAACCAGCGCAACAACGUGGUGCGCGCGCGCGCCUCGGGCAGCUCGGGCCGCUCCUCGGACAGCGCCGCCAGCCGCCUGAGCCUGCCCGCGCCGCCCGCGCCGCCCGACGACAUGGAGAGCGACGACGAGCCCGACGUGGUGCUCGAGGGCGCGCUGGAGCCGCGGCCCAGCUCGGCCCUCAACGGCCUGGGCCGCGACGGGCUCAGCGUGCAGCGCCUGCUCAGCUCCCUGCGCGCCGACCCACGCCACAGCCUGGCGCUGCCGCCAGGGGGCGUGGAGGAGCACGGCCCGGCCGUCACGCUGUAGCGCCCCCCGGCGGCCUUGUCCUCCCAAGGACGCGCCGGCGCCUCUGGCCCCUUCGUGGCCGCUGGUGGACAGGAAAUGACCCUCGCUCCCAUGCAGAAAACACUGAAAAGGUUUUACACGCUUUUAAAUGUUUUAAAUGAAGCUUUAAAAUGACUUUUUUAAGCGGAGGCUUCGUGACCUGAACUGACCCGCAGCCCCCAGGGGCGCCAGGGCUAGCUAGAGGCUGGCUCCUCGAGAGAGGCGGCCACGGCAGCUGGACGCACAGGACAGGCGUGCGGGAGGUCUGUCCUGCGGCCGCCCGGGACGCGCUUCGCAGGACACCCAAGGUCACCGCCCUUUGACGCUUUAGGACCAUUUACAUUGUAGUAAUUUUAAACGUCUCAUCAUGUUUGGUCGUUACAUUGUAUACGGACUACAUUUGGGGGAGUCUAAUGUGGAGGAGAAAACGUUGCCUGUGCUUGAGGAACUGCGCCUCGAUCACCUCGCGCUGUCUGGAACAAGGUCGCUGGGUCGACGGGCUGCUCUGACCACUGUCCACUGCACCCCUGGGGGCCGGCGCCCCCUGCUGGCCAGUGGCAGAACUGUGCUGAGCUGAUGCAUGUCAGACUGACAAGACUGAUACCACUUUUCCUGAGUUCAUUAAGUGAAAAGCAAAUUGAUUUUCUUUUGGAAACUAUUUAUUGAACGGCAGUUAUUUUAAGGAGUAGAUGUGGUUUCCUGCGCCCAUGCUCGGUUUUGUUAUGUCUACACCACAAACACUGUUCAUUUUGUUUCCCACAUGGGAAGGAACACAAUGUUCCCCUUUUCCCUGAGGUUCUGGGUAAGAGCCUACAUCCUCACCCCAGGGGGCACCAAUGAAACAUACUACACCUCCUUUGGCACCAGCAGUGGGAAGUGUUUUUUUAUACCACAGUAUUAAGAACCAGAACCCUAGUGCUAAGUUACUAAGUUAUUGCUGGUCAUUGAUUUACCUUGUUGCCAAGAAGAAAAGUUAUAUUUCUUACCAUGCCUUUCUUAAGUUCAGCAAAUGUGAAUAUUUUUAAGGACAAAAAAAAAGAGGCUUUAUUCUGAGAUUUGUGUGCUGUUCAUCAUUUUAGGAGUUGUCAAUUGCUUAAACGGCUGCUGGAGUGUAUUUUUCUACCCAAGUCUAUACUUUUGUCAUUUUCUUCUUUAAAAGAACAAAACCAAAAUAUGUCAUAUCACAUAUUAAAGUUUUCUUGGUUUUAUAUAUUAAAGGAAUAAAAACUGUUUUGCUUAUAACAAUUGCUUUGCUUGUGUUCUCAUAUGAAGUGCCUAGCUGCUAUGCACAGACGGGGCGCCAUCUGCUCCUCAUUCAGCCCCUGUGGGCUAAUGCCACUCAGACCUGCCCAUGUUCCAGGGGCUCAAGGUCAUUCCUGUCUGAUGCCUACUGAGUGGCACAUUUUAGACCUACUUGUUGUAGAGGUAUUUCCAUAUGAGCACUCAGGAUUUUCCCAUGCACACAGCAUGAGUUGUGUGCCUGGAUGCACUGUGCAUCCCAAGCCAGUCCACAAUCUGGCUUAACGCUAUUCCUGACUGCUCCUUGGACUCUUAAGGCAUCUCCAGGUGCUGGCAGAGAGCAACACCGAGCAGAGGAGUGCUAUGAACACACCUUUGACAGCACUGCAGAAAUGAACUGCCUCACACCCUUCCGCCCCAUAUAUCCCUGCAUGCCAGGACACCAGCCCAUCCAUGGAACCGUGCUGGCCACACUGGCCACCCUAAUAGGGCCCCCUCAGUGCCAUUACCCUCAUCACAGCAACUCAGCAAUACCCUGAAACCACAGCUUUCUCUACUUCAAGGUACCAAGGCUUUACAAUAAUGAUGAUCCAAUGACGUACUCAGCAUAUCUGCAUGUCUUCACGUAUGUUCCUUGGUCAUGCUGGGCCCUGGAUCCUACAUGCUCUGGUUCCAUCAGCCAUCACCAAACAGCAAAUGAGGCAUAAGAAGACACUCUCAACACCACUGCAAGACUUAGGAGCAUUUACCACUGCCCCCGAAACCUCUCUGUCCCCCCCAGCUGAAUCGUCACCCCUGCACCCACUGCUCCUGGGCCCUGGGAUCACUGCAUCGGUGACGAGUACGUGGAAGAUAUGGCGAGAGCCAGGAAGGCCUGAGUCAGGCAGGUCUCAGCAUCAUGCCCACAGGGUAACCUUAGUGGAAAUAAUCCCUCCUGAUCAGUCAAGAGGACCUUCCUAGAGUCUCUUUCCAACACUGUGUCCUUCUCACCACUGCCUCAUUCUCAAACAUUAAUCCUCAUGUUGAAACUCUGUUCAUUCUAUCCUGAAACUUAACCUCAUAAAAACAAAUUAUUAUCUUAACAAACCUAUACAAACUCUCAAAAUGGCCAUAUAUUUUCCAACUACUAUGCACCCCACAUACUCCUUCAUCAGACUUGAACAAUAUUAGUGUUACUAAUUAAACAAGAAAUUUUUUUUGCAAAAUCUGAUUUCCAACUCUAGAUAAAAAUCUCCAUGCUAAUUUCUGACUAAAAAAGAUGCAAUGAAGUUCUCUGUAACUACAUUCAACUUCAGCCUGCCUGCAUCAAACUCCACACGCCGCCAUGACCGGCCACUCUGAGCAUAACCUCUUGCAGUGUGGCCACCCUGGAUCACUCAAGCCCUCCAGCCCGUUCAACUCCAGUGCAGGCUUCAGUUCCUUUUCCCUUCAGCCAUAUGAAACCACUGUGACCUGAAAGGAUGCCACGUUCUGUUUCCUAAGGAGACUGAAGAGGGAAUGUCAGUACCUAACCCCUGGCAAUGGUGAUCAGCACCCUGGCUCACAAACCCUGUUUGCCAUUAUGGGAAGAUUCACUCAUGCUGCUUCUUCCUUUCACAUCACAGACUCCUCUCGGCCUUAAGAAAAACCCACUCUGUACUGUGUGUGAGGGUGCAGGAAUGCCCCAGGCAUUCCCAGCUGUGCCACCAUGGGACAUCUGCCUAAAUAGCAGCAAAGAGACCUUUCACAGAAAGCAUCUGCAACCAAAUGAGGCGUAUCAGUGUCCCUCAUCUCCAGAAGUUCUGUGAGUUUCCCCACAACAUCCCAUGUUCAAAGAACCCGACAACAGCCUCAGGCAACUUCUUCUUCCCCAAGUGCAUAGUCCGACUAUGCUCAGAAAGACCUUUAAUAUCAUGGAAAGUGCAGGGACAGAACAAGCACCCCAGGCCGUGCAUC